AUGUUCCAUCACUUCCCUCAACAGACUGGCGAUUCGGAGAACUUGGUUCACUCCAUAGCGAUGCAGUAUGAUGAGUCCACACACUCAGCUAUCAACCAGCCCGGUAUCGCAGGCGGUGUCUUUCAAGAUCUUGACCGGAACGGGCAUGUGGACUAUGUUCUACGAGAUAGCCAGGGUGUCCUUCAAGGAUAUUUUGAGCGAGGAGAUACAGACACUUGGAGCAGCUUUUCGACCUUCCCAGAAACCCCAAAUGGAGAUACAUGGCUGGACACAUUGGAGCUUGACUUGACCGGUGAUGGUCUUGCUGAUACUCUAUGUAUAGCCGAUGACUCGCAAGGGCUUGCGUGGCAGAGACCACUGAUCGCUAAGACGACUGAGGUUCAGACCUAUGUUGCCGAUAUGAUGGGCAGUGGACUGUCAGAUCUUGUUGAAAUUUCUUCAGGGUCAAUAAGAUACUGGCCAAACCUUGGCUACGGGAGUUUUGGUGCUGUUGUUGAGAUGGGUAACUGUCCACUCCUGUCCGAAGAUUCGAAGUUUGGUCAUGCCCGGGUUCGGCUCAUCGAUGUGGAUGGCAGUGCCGGAAAUCGUUGGAGUGAUAAGAUCUCGAUCUCGAGACUUCCAGCAGGAUUGAGCCCUGGAUCUGUUUUCACACUCGAUAUCCUUGGAAAAGGAACUGCAUGCCUUUGCUGGACAGAUGUUUCUACUGGGAGGAACAGAGUCAAGUAUCUUGAUCUUACGGGAGACCUGAAGCCCCACCUAUUGCAGAGCUACAGCAAUGGCAUGGGAGCCAAGACACGAAUUACCUACGCUCCGUCUACCAAGUUCUAUGUCCAAGAUAGAAACAAUGGUCUACCGUGGUCGACCAAGCUGACAAACCCAACAUCUCACUGA